GAGCGCGCCGGGGCGAAGAGCGCGGGGCCGGGGCUCCCCGCACCCCUGACCUGCCUGACCGGCGCCCAGACCUCGCGGAGGGGACAGCCUUCUUCCAGGAGAGCAGAGCGCGCAGCAGCUGAGCAGAGCGCCUCUCUUCGGACACCAGGGAAGGAUGGGCAGCCGGGCACACCGAGUGUCGCUGGGGGACGCCUGGAGCGGGCGAGUGCACCCCGACAUAGAAAGCGAGAGGCGGUGGCCGGCCUUCGACGUGGAGCGACUCACCAACCUCCUAGACGGCGGUGCCCAGAACACCGCGCUGCGGAGGAAAGUCGAAACCCUUGUCCGCGAUGAUCCAGCAUUCAACCUGAUCCACACUCACUUCAUGACCCAGGACGAGCAUUUCCAGGCCGCUACUCAGAGACUAUUCCUCAUCCAAAAGCUAGCCAAGCGCAUGGACUGGCCAGAUGACAGCCUCGAGUUUCAAUACAUUUACAGGGCCCUUUCUGGAGAUAUAAGUCUCGGGGUGCACAGUGUUGCCAUGAAUGCCAUCAAGAGCCUGGGCUCAGAGGAACAGAUUGCCAAAUGGGUCCCGCUCUGCAAAACAUACCAGAUCAUCGUAUCAUAUGCACAGACAGAAAUGGGACACGGGACCUACCUUCAGGGCCUGGAGACUGAAGCCACCUAUGACGCAGCCACGCAGGAGUUUGUGAUACACAGCCCCACAAUGACUGCCACCAAGUGGUGGCCUGGAGACUUGGGACAGGCAGCCACCCACGCCCUCGUCAUGGCCCAGCUGACCUGCUCAGGAGCCCGGUGGGGCAUGCACGCCUUUAUGGUGCCCAUCCGGAGCCUGCAGGACCACACCCCGCUGCCAGGAAUCACCGUCGGAGACAUCGGGCCCAAGAUGGGCAUAGAAAUCACAGACAAUGGCUUCCUUCGGCUGGAUCAUGUGCGAGUCCCUAGGGAGAACAUGCUGAGCCGCUUCACCCAGGUCUCGCCGGAUGGCACCUAUGUCAGACACGGGAUAGCACAGGUCAACUACCUGCCAAUGGUGGUGACCCGCGUGUACAUGCUGAGGAACAUUGUCCUGUAUGGCCUGCAGAAGGCCUGUGUCAUCGCCACACGCUACUCGGUCAUCCGUCGCCAGUCCCGGAUCCGACCCAGUGACCCCGAGGCAAAAAUCCUGGACUACCAGACCCAGCAACAGAAACUCAUUUUUCCACUGGCCAUGGGUUAUGCCUUCCAUUUCCAGGUGGCCAGCAUCAUGGACUUCUUCCACCGGUCCUAUGACGCCAUCCGGAACAAAGACAUGAGCCUCUUGCCCGAGCUCCACGCGCUGACCACGGGCUCCAAGGCCAUGAUGACGGAGUUCGGCGCCCACGGGGUUGAGCUGUGCCGUAGGGCCUGCGGUGGACAUGGCUACUCCAAGCUCAGCGGCAUGCCAUCCCUGGCCACCUACUUGCUGGCCUCCUGCACCUACGAGGGUGAGAAUACGGUGCUGUACCUCCAGGUAGCCAGGUUUCUGGUGAAGAACUGCCGGCAAGCGUGGGAGGCCAGCGACCCUGCAUCGCGGAAGUCUCUGCCUCAGUCCGUCUCGUAUCUCACCGCCGCUCGCGUGGACAAGUGCCCGGCCCAGACGGAAGCCCACUUCCUCCACCCAGAGCUCUACAUGCAGGCCUGGGCACACGUGGCGGCCAGGCUCCUGGAGAGCUCAGUGCAUCAUCUGCAGAUGCUGGUACAAGCCGGGGCUGACGAGCACGAGGCCUGGAACCAGACGAGUGUCCUCCUCCUGCAGGCCGCUAAGGCACACUGCUACUAUAUCACUGUGAAGAAUUUCAAGGAGGCGCUGGAGAAACUGGAGCACGGCGAGCCGGCGGUCCACCGCGUGCUCAAGCGGCUCUGCGACCUCUUCGCCUUACACGGCAUCCUGGCCGACUUGGGCAGCUUCCUCUAUGACGGCUUUCUGUCCGCCCCCCAAGUCAACAUGCUGAGGACGACCUACCUGGACCUGCUGCUCCAGAUCCGGAAGGAUGCUAUCCUGUUAACCGACGCUUUCGACUUCACCGAUCAGUGUUUAAAUUCUGCACUCGGCUGUUAUGAUGGAAAUGUCUAUGAACGUUUGUUCCAGUGGGCUCAGAUGUCACCAAACAAUAAUUCCCAGACACAGGAGAAACCUGCCUAUACGAAAUACAUCCGACCACUCAUGCAAAGUCGGGGAUCCAAGCUAUGAAGAACCAACACUGUUCCAGGAACAGCAGCACCACGAUGCUAUAUAAAAUUAAUAUUUAAAAUUACAUAUGUGGG